AUGAACCGCCGGCUUUAUACGCUCGCGAAGGAUAUCUUAUACGACGUGAAGAAUAUUUCGAGUACUGACGACGUGAGCGACGAUGAGGGAACACGAAUACAUCCUCUUUGGAGAACAAAAUUUAAAGGCCUAUUCGAUACGUCAGAGUGCUUUACGGACGAGGAGAAAAAGAAAAUGGCGUUUCUGACGCUCAACGGCGAUUACACACUCCCCUUUCGUAGGCUCUCAUGGGCACAAACGGAAAGUGAGCGUGACGCGUAUCGCCGCUCAGGAGCGAGCUGGCGCGAAAUUAGCCUUACAUUCGGCCGAGCUCCCAUAACCCACUUAGACGUAGUCAAGAGUUAUUCCGCUCCUGAAGGCGACGCAGUCGACUAUUACCAAGUUGAUCUACCACCGUCCGGUAUGACAAUGGGUCUCUUCUACGAUGUUCUCCUAUGCGACAAGGCAACAUACGGCUAUGAGACAGGUAGUUGGGAAUUGAUCGUCGGCCGAAGAUUACACAGCUUUGAUGUCUUAUUCGAAUACGAAUGCUUCAUUCCGGAUGAUAGAGACUUGGUCGACAUCGGUAAAGAGGCGCGCCAAGCUGCAGUGUUGUACGUGCGGGGCGGCCCAGUGAGCCGUAAAUUCAUACCCGAACCCGUGGUAGAGGACAGUUGGGUCGUCAACAGCAAUAUGGAGCGACGACUGCUCCCGUGGCAAGGGCCUAUUCAGAAUUUCAUCUUUACCGGAUAUUUCGACUAG